UGUCCUUUCUUUUUUAGCAAGCUAAGGACGCGGCUAGGGCGUCAGGGAAGAAGAAGGGGACGACUCUGUCCCAGCUGAAGAAGAGAGCUGUGCCGGCUGGCUCGGAGACUCCGAGUACCUUCAAGAAGCCAAAACCCCUACCUCGCCGUCUCGUGAAGAAAGACGAGUCGAAGGUUGCUGAGGGGGGAUGCCCUGAUGACGAAGAGAUGGGCGUGGACAAGCCGUCUCUGGUGGUGGACUUGGUGGAGGACCCUCUUUCGGGAAUCCCGGCCGACGUCCGCUCUCAGAUACCGGCGGAGGUGGCCCGCCGAGCUAGGUCUUCGGGCGGUAAGUAUUAUUCGAACGUCGUUCAGACGUAUCGAGCCUCCUCUGGCAGUUCUUCUUACUCUCCGCGUCAUCCUAAGGCCAUUGUUUUUCCUAUAGCCAAAGACAAAGGGAAGGAUGCAGCUGCUGCCGAGGAUGAGAACGUACCUGCUACUCCCCACUAUUCGUCAAAGGAUAGGGUGGCUAUAUGCCGCAAGGUUUUUAAGGCCGUCCCCGCACAGUAUGUUGCUUCUCUUCCUGGCCGCAAGACUGACGCCCAGUUUGGUGCGAUCCAGGCCACUCUUCUCGACUUGUUCUGCCGCAUGGAAUUCUGCAAGAGCUGGAAGACCCGCACUGCUGAGGAGCUCAAAGCUCAGGUGGCUGAGUCCACCCACCAUGGUGACUAUGCGUUCAAGUCCAUUGAAGAGGUCCGCCUGCAGAUGCAGACGACCAUAGACCUUCAAGCGAAGGAGGUGGCUGCGUUGAGAUCUGACAAGGCCGAGCUGCUUAAGAAGAUCUUGGCGCAGGACAAGGACAUGGUGGCAAUGGUCGAGGAGGCCAAGACAGCGGCGGCGGAAAUACGGGCGCUUCAGGACCAGUUGCGGGAGUACCCUCAGGUCAAAGAGGCGGCUGAGGAAGCCGAGCAUCUUCGUGGGGAGCUAGAGACGGCCAGAUCGCAAGUUCGCACCUUGCGUGAGCGUCUUCUGGAAUCCUAUGAUCAGGGGGAACAAGCGACCAAGGACGCUGUUAAGCACGCCUGGGAGAGCCACAUGUCAGAGUAUGAUCUUGGGUGGUUCCAGCGGCGAAUGGAGCACAGUGCCGCUGUGUUGGCUGCUGAACGUCUUGGUCAGCCGCCCCCUGAGUUUGUAUCAUCUGAUGACGAGGACGAUGCGGCCGCCCCCUGA